GCUGGAGGAAGCACUUCCGGCUGCAGCUGGCUUUCCUGCAACGAUUUGUUUUCAGUGCGACGUUGCCAACCGUCGCUCAUCACUGGAUUAAACCACCAGACAGCUACACGGGGACAUGGGGAAAAAACACAAGAAGCACAAGGCCGAGUGGAGAACAGUGGACGACUAUGAGGACAAGGCUCUGGAGAAGCCCCUGAAGCUCGUGCUCAAAGUUGGAGGGAGCGAGGUGACAGAGCAGUCCGGUUCGGGCCACGACUCCAGCUACUACGAUGACAGAUCGGACCAUGAGCGAGAGCGCCACAAAGAGAAGAAGAAGAAAAAGAAAAAGAAGUCUGAGAAGGAUAAAGACAAGUAUGUGAACGACGAGGAGAGACGACGGCGAAAGGAUGAAAAGAGGAAGAAGAGGGAGCGAGAGCACAACGAAUCCGAGGCAGCAGCUGCGGCUUCCGUCAACACUGGUGUCGCCGUUGAGCCUUUUACAUUGUCAAAAACUAUAAAUAUCUCUUUAGAGCCUGAAGAGAAGAAGAAAAAGAAAGAGAGGUUUGAAAUAGAGUCUGAAGUGGACGAGUUUCACCCCAAUGUGAAGGUGGACAUCGAGCAGCAGGGAGACAGACCGGUCAGAGCAUGCAGGACACAACAAGAGAAUGAGUGCACACCACGUCAACAACUGCUGGAGCACUUCUUACGUCAGCUGCAGAGGAAAGACCCCCAUGGAUUCUUCUCAUUUCCUGUAACAGACGCGAUAGCUCCUGGUUACUCAACGAUCAUCAAACAUCCUAUGGACUUCAGCAGCAUUAAAGACAAGAUUUUAAACAACGAGUACAACACAGUAACAGAAUUCAAGGGGGACUUUAAACUGAUGUGUGACAAUGCAAUGGUGUACAACCGACCAGAGACUGUGUACUAUAAGGCUGCCAAGAAACUGCUACAUACAGGAUUCAAGAUGAUGAGCAAGGAGCGUCUGUUAGCUCUGAAACGCAGCAUGUCUUUCAUGCAAGACAUGGAUUUCACCCUGCAGGCAGCCAUUUUGGGAGAUGAAGACCUAACCGCUGAUGAAAAUCCCCCGGAGAUUAUCCCCAUCCCAGUGGAAUCAGCAAAGAAGUCCAAGAAGCAGCCAGUCAAGGACAUGAAGGAAGUCAGUUACCUGUAUGAACAAGAGGGAAAUGCUUGCAGCUUGACUGACAGCACAGCAGAGGAGCAUGUCCUGGCUCUGGUUGAACACUCUGCAGAUGAAGCCCGGGAUCGCAUCAACCGAUACAUGCCAAACUCCAAGAUGGGACACCUGCGCAAAGAAUCAGAUGGUUCUCUAAUAUAUACCGUUGUAAAUCAGCUUGAUCCUGAGGCUGAAGAAGAGGAGACUCAUAAAGUGGACCUGAGCUCUCUGUCAAAUAAACUUCUGCCUGGACUAACAACGCUAGGUUUCAAAGAUGACAGGAGACACAAAGUGACCUUCCUGAGCAGUGCCUACAACACCCAGAGCCUUCAGAAGAACUCAGUCUAUCCAGACCUGCUGCCUGAUGAGGUGGACAUGCUCUAUUCAGCCUAUGGAGAUGACACAGGGGUACAAUGUGCUUUGAGUAUACAGGAGUUUGUCAAGGGCUGUGGAAGUGCCACUAAGCAUUGGGUUGAUGGUCUUUUGGACAAGAUGACCGCAGACGAUCACACUCCAGCUAUCAAUCAGAUCCGGCUGAAAAGAAACAUGAUGCUUAAACCUGAUGAAACCAAAUCCAACAUUUGUGAUAUUCAGAUGGCAGAUGGCACUGGCUUGGGAGAGAGCGGCUCAGUCCUGGACUUCAUGUCAAUGAAGAGCUAUCCUGAUAUGUCCCUGGAUAUUUCCCUGCUUAACUCAUUGGGUAAAACGGUGAAAAAGGAGCCGGGGAAUGAGGAAAGCCAGCAGGAUUUUAACGAUGCAGACAAACUCCUACAGGAGUUCCAGGAGGCCCAGGUGGACAGAGUGGGCUCCAGACCCUCGUCCAACCUCUCCUCCCUCUCCAAUGCCUCUGAGAGGGACCAGCACCACCUAGGGAGCCCAUCACACCUGGGUGUUGGGGACCAGUCAGAAAUGGUUCACGAUCCUUACGAGUUCCUUCAAUCUCCGGAGCCAGAGAGCUCUGCCAACAGCUGACCACACACACACACACACACACACACACACACACACACACACACACACACUGCCGUUUUCUUACCCGGGUGUUAACAGCACUCUGCUCGGUAGGACAGUCUAAACACCGUGGAGACAGCAGGAGCCUCUAAUCUGUUUUACAGACUGAAUAUGAUUGUACAGACUGUUUGUAGUGUAAUUGUAUGUUUCUUUUGCAUCUGAAAAAAUAAACGAUUGCACCUGUAUUUAUAAA